ACAUUACCUCAGUGUGUCUUUCAGUUCGAAGAGGGAUUUUUGCGUUCUGAAUCAUACUAUAGCAAAUCCACUUCACUGAAUGUGAGGGGGGGCCACGUACUGUUGCUCACUCACUGCCACACAAUCGAUGAUACACUCAGAGAGGAAACGUGACACCGCGAUGGGACAGUUUCUAUACAGGGCCAGUGAAAGUUGUGUUGCUUUGAGGCAUUUAUGUCAAGUUUUCUAUCCAUCACGACUUUGAAUGAGACUUGUCAUCACUGGUAUGUGGAGUAUAUUUGGCAAAAUAUAGUAUACUAAAAGUACGCUAAUUUUCACAUCGUAUAGACUAGAGUAUAAGAGUGACUAAAAUAUGUGGCAAACAUGCAUUUAAGCCUGAUAUUAAAGACUGAAUUAUUAUUAAAUGAUUAUUUAAUAAGAUUUAAAUAAAAAUACUCAAUCCUAUCCAUAUUGUACUGAAUCCAUGAAUACUGGCCUGUCCUCUAGUAAUUGAGCAACAGCUUAGAUAAAUUUAACACAUUUAAAGUUACAGUUGAACACCAGGAAGAUUUCAAAUGAAGUGAGUCAGAACAUUUCAAAUGUAUCAAGUGUGAGACCUCAAGGUAAAGACACGCUUUUCUUUUUUGUUCAACUCUGUGGCUCAGACACAGUCUGCUAUUGUGUCGGUGCAGAGCCUCCCCUUGGCUGACAAGAGAAACUGCUGAGGUUUGACAAAUGUGUUCCUUUCUUAUUUUUAAAGUAUAUGCAAAGAUAUUUGCAUUUUGUGUAGAUAAAAAUAACUAACACAAGCCACCAUUUUAUCUAUCAGUAUCUGUUCCUUGUCAUGACAUGUGCAGUGUAGGACAAAGAGUUCAGGAUUCUGAUAGGAGUCUCCGGCGAGCUGGGAUGUUACCCAGGAAUCACAAUAAAUGUCUUUUAUUAUCCUCUCUGUUCUCUUUUCUUCUCCUAACAUAGUCAGGGGAAAACCCCCUCCGUGCACUUGGCACAGUCGUCUGGGUUAAAUUACCUGGAACCUGUGCCCCCUUCAACAUUCCGCAGUGAUUAGGAAUAAUCUGAUGGCUCUGUGGCAACUCUCCACAGCAACAACACGAGGAUCAAAGUGUGAAAAAACAUGAAGAAAAAAAACACACACAUAUACACUAUCAAGUAUUCCUACAAAGUGUGAUGUCAUUGGAAUGGGAACGGCUGCUGCCUGCUUGUCCAGUUUUUUUUUUCUUCUGAAAAGAAAAGCUGGCCCACACCCUUUCCCCUCCCCAUUCCGACAGUCACUGAAAGGAAAAGAAAGAAAGUGAGGGAUUGUGUCAGGAUGCAGGAGAUGGCUUAGAAGUGAAGUGAUACGGGCUUUGCAGACAUAAGGGGGAAUUAGACAGAGGGGGUGGAGGGUCACGUAUCCACCAAUCAACAGGAGCCGGAGCAGCUCCGAGCACAAAUGGAGUUGUGGCAGAUGUUGUCUGAAUAAUGAGUGGGGGCGGGGCAUAAAGCCCUCCUCUGCCAGGAGGGUGUCUGUCAUUGCGAGAGGAGCGAUGAGGGAGAAAGGCCAGGCUUUUUUUGUUUAUACCAGCUCUCCUCCUGCCCUCACGUUUGGAUUCGUCUGUGGAUAUUUUCACUUUGCACUGAGGACUUUUCUUUGAGCAGUGAUGCUGCGCUGCUUAUAUGGGAAAAGAACACUGUGGACCAGAGGAUUAAUGUUAAGACACAGAUGAACCUGAGGAUAUGUUUGUAAAUGGAUGACUUGUUGUUUCUAAUGAGGAGUUAAAUGCUGCUAUCGGAAUCCGGAAGUAUUUAUUUGGCUUUGUUUCUUUACACAUUUAUUGUUAUAUAGUUGCUACAGUCUUUAUUUUUUUAAAUAUUUUUUUAUUGUCGCCAUAUUAACAGUUGGAUUUCUUUGCGAGAAAGAUGGAGAAUUUUUUUUUUCUAAUUUCUUAAUUUAAAAAAAAAAUCCAAAACGUCGCAUUGCACUAAUUUUUUUUAAACUUAAUCCGUUUGCACUGAAGCAACAUUUACCUCAGAGGAUUUCACUUCAUUCUUCAUUGUUUCCUUGUUGUGAGUGGUGACAAUUGUUUUUAGCAUGGGCAAGCCGCUGAGCAGACCAGAUUGCCUCAGACAAAACCCUUCCUGUGUGGGGAAGGGGGAGGAGGAGGACCUGAACAUUGAUGACUGCUAUGUGCCCCAGAGAUCCAUUUAUGACACUGUUCGGCUCAAUGAGCAGAUAGACUCAGGCUCCAAAGGCAGCCUCUCCUCCAGGCACUUCACCGGCACCUUACCUUACACUCAUCGCACGUUAGAUCUCAGCAGCCUGUGUGGGAACAGAGUCCUCUCAACUUCAGGUUCAUUUGAACUCCAGACUCAAAAGCCUCCUCUGCUACACGAGCGUAUGGUCUUUGACGGACUGAGGCUCAACGGGAACAUCGUCAGGGCAACUGAUGUGGUGCCGCACAAGUCACGACUCCAUGGAGGAGAGAAGAAGGACCAUCCUCAUCAGCGAAGGUCAUGGAGGGCUUUUGCUCCCACUAAUCUGGGAGAGUAUGUCAGCCGCAGCGGGACGUUGUGCACUGGGAGCGUGGAGAGACCUGGGCUGACGAACGGCAGGACGGGUCACAGUAUGACCAGCUCUCUGACCUCCGAAGAAGACUCAGGUCUGUACAGUCCAACUGUGGACAGGGAGAAACACGCUCAUCGUCACCAUAAAAGAGGAGGCCCCGGCACACGAAGCCUGUCUUCCUCAGAGGCCAUGCACAUGUCUGGAGACCUAAAAACGCUGCGGUCGCUGAGUUCAGGACAGGAGGAGUUUCCUUUCACACCCGUGAGGAACAACCACUCUCUUUAUCAUAGCAGUGCUUUGGUCCGGGACCCCAAACAGGCAAAAACUGGCUUGGAUGAGUUCAGUGGAAAGAUUGCCGUAAGCAACGAUGAACAAAAAUACCCCAUAGAGAGAUUGUAUUCAGGGUCAACCCACAGGACUCCACAGGGCAGCUCUGGGUGGCGUUCAAGGACUGUAGCAGACUAUGACGAGCUAUCUACAGCUGAGCUGUUAGAGGAUGUGCCGUGUCAGGAUGACUGUGAGUUGGUCAGUGUGGUGGUGACAGAGCCCGUGACUUACGGAAACUCUGUAACUCUACCCUUAGACAGCCGCCAGCAGACAAAACCAUGUACUGUGCAACAAGGAACACCAUCGGAGUACGACAUGGAGAAGCUGGAGGAGUUCCUGCAGUCGGUGGAGGCGGCUCUGCCCAAAAGUUUACAAGCACUGCAGCUGAUGGGAGAGCAGGAAAUAGAGGCCAUACUGAAUACCAUCUCUGCUUGUCAAGAUAUGAACCCAAUGGGAUUUUUAACCCCACAGGUGCUGCAAUGAGACACGCCCCCUUUUUUUCCUCUUCUUAGUUUUAAUAAUUGGCUGAUUCAUCAGGUUUCAAUAGUUCGUACGCCUAUUUGGCUGCUGGCUUGUUGUUUUUAUCAUAUCUGAUUACAUGAUGGUGAACAGGUUUUUGAUGACUAAGUUAACGUUUUGUCUACCUGGUACAAGUAUCACUUCCAGAAAAGUUACAGUAAGUCAAAGUCACGAAAGAUACACUUUCUUGAACUGUGAUUUUUUAACCGAUGUGUAUUUUAGUAAUGACUCAAACCUUUUAUCAUUUAUUAUACACAGCUAUAAAACAUUUUUCAGUUUUUACACUGACUGACCUCCCUAUAAUUGUGAAACAAAUACUAAUUUAGAUUUAGGUUUUAAACAUUUGAGGACUGGGGAUUGAGGGAUUUAAAGUUAUCAAAUAUUCUUAAACUGUUUAUCAGUCAGUGGUUUCCACCCUCUGAGUCUUCUCUUCAUGAUAGGGGACAGAUCUGGACUGUAGACAGAUGGGUGAAGAAUGUGUACUGUAUUUUUAUGUUUAAUGACAGUGAUUUUCUGCAGUAGUUUUCAACCAAAUGCCCAUGUCUAUUAAAACGG